CUCUUCAAGAAACUCCUUCAGAUAAGUCUUUUAAUGCAUUUAACUCCUUCGUAAAAGUUACACAUGAGAAAGAAAGUUACACAUCUUACCGGGUCUCUCUGCUCCACAAUAUUUUGAAGACCUUCGUUUGGAUCCAACAUUGCUCCUCUAUGUCUUGACAACCACCUUACAAAAGUUUAUUAUUGACCAAAAAUAUAUUCAAACAAAAGUUUAUUAUAGCAUCUCCAACCCUAUGCUAUUUUUGCCUUUAUAUGCUAUAAUAGAGUAAAAUCUAGUCUAACUCACCUCUAGUUCUUCCCCUAAAAUAGAGAUUGUUAUUUUCCCCUCUAUAUUUAGAGGUGAAAAUAGCAUUUAUCUAUAAUAAAUACAUUUUUUAAACAAAAUAGUCCUUUAAUUUUUUGAAAUUAUAUGUCUAUGGAAAAAUACAAUUUCUUUUUACAUAUAACAACACAUUUGUUUUGUUUACAUAAUAAUUCUUAAAUUUUCACAAUUAUAAAUAACAUAAAGAAAAAUAUCAUUAUUUAAAAGGAAAAUUUUUAUUUAGCACAUGAUAUUUAAAGUUUUAUAUAUAUGUAACUAAAAUAAAAAUAGAAAUUUAAUUAUUAAAAGUUCCACAUAGAUUUUUCAUAUUGAUAACAUAUUUAAAUUCAACCUAAAUAUUAAUUUAUACAACAUACUCCAACAAAUUUGAUAAAAAGCUAAUUUUUCACUUUAAAAUGUAGUAAUUAAUCAUUUAUAGGAGAAUGUAGUAAUAUUGAUGGUUAGAUAAUGUCUACUUUAUUUAAUUUAAUUUAAUUUUCUAUCAUGUUUAUUUGAGUAAAUUUUUAGUUUAAAUAAUAUUGUACUUUUAUGGAAAAAAUAAAAUUACAAUGAAUGGAUCAAUUUUCAAUAUUUAUAAUUUUAAUUAUAAAAUAGAAAAAGAAUCAUGUAAGAAUAUUCAUUUUAAAGGAAAAAUAGAAAAAUAUAUUAAAGAUGAUCUUAUGUACUUAUCAACGUUGUCUUGUAAUUUUUAAACAAGAUAAAUCGCGCUAAAUAAUCUUGUUGUUUUCGUGUUACUUUCAUUGAAAUAUUAAUUUGCAAUUACAUUGAUUUUGAGAUUUAUGUUUUUCAGUUCCACAAUAGUCUUAUAAAAUUAUGUAGUUGGCUUACUUAGAUUCUUAAAUAUCUGCAGGGAUACAACAAAGUAUUGGACUUCUGAAAAAAGGAAAAAAAUGUUUAGAUAUAUCUGAACCGGACGUUUGUAGUUAUUUUUUAUAUUCACAUAUUUGGAAGAAAAAAAGAAGAACGUUUGUAGUUAUCGGGUAAAAGAAAAAUAACAGAAUAGACUGCCUUUUCACGUACGUGUGUCUCGACCACAAAUGUAUUCUGAAUUAUAGAGAAAAGAUUCAGUGAACUUUGUUUCGAGUCUUUUGACUGUCGAGGAGCCAAGUUUGGUCCCCGAGUUCUGUAUGCGUGUAAACUUAGCCGCCACAUGACUGACUGUUACAUGCAUACGUUACUUGUGUAUUGUUUUGUUACUCCACGUGACAGUUAAAGCUUCAGAGACAACAGAUAACAUAGAAAAAAAUUGUGACUCCAUAUACGUACAAAAAGAGUAUACGAUUUUACAGAAUUUACAAGUAGGAUGACUGGAUGAGCAUGUAAUAUAUCUUUCAUAACAUUCACCGUAGCCUAACUAGAUGUUUUAGUGACGGUUACAAGCUCGGUGGAGUUCAUUAGGAACUAGCUACUCUGGAGGCGACUUGAGAAUUUCCGGCAUCCGUGGCAACAAGGAGAAUCUCACCUUUUCGGGAUUUUCAUCAAUGGAUGAAAACAGUAACCAAUUCUAAGGAAUUUCGAAGACGGACUAGCGAAAUGUGCCGGAUUUAGUAGGCGGGCGAAACUAGUUUUGUAAUAGUUUGACUUUGAAAAUUUUGUUCAAAACCUGUUUGUAACCGGAUCUAAAUUCCCGAUUUUCGGGUUGAAUUAAUAUAUAUAUAUAUAUUAAAAAAAAUAGAUGUUUUAUUUGCAGAACACAUAUUAUGUUUUGUUUCAAAAAUAAAUAAGGGUGUAAUAUUUCUUAGAAAAAGCAAUCUAAUUUUUUUUAUCAGUAAAAAGUAAUUACCUUUAAGCAAAAAAAGGAAGAAGAAGUAAUUAUGUUUUCCAUAUUUAACUGUUUUAAAUUACUUGAAAUUUUUAAUUUUUAAUUUUUAAUUAUUGGAGUGGAGAGCGUUCACACCGGUCCUGUAAUUCAGUGAUAUAUUUUUAUAUUUCCCCAAUCACAGGAGACCUUAUCCAUAUCUCUCUUUUCUUACUAGAAAAUCUAAAACUCAUCUCUCGAUCUUUGUCUACUAGUUUCACGAUCUUUGUUGCCAAAAAGAGAAGGGCCUCUCGAGACAAGUGUAGAGUCAGGAUUACAAAGAGACUACACCAACUUCCUCUUCUCGACACGACCCUCCGUCAUGUCUAGGCCAGCUAUGUGUCCUUCUUGCCACGUUUCAUCACUCUCUUCCACUAUAUAUACACACUUAGACAUCCCUCAUGUUUUUGCCUUAUCCACUCCAGAGAGCCAAAGGUAACAAUGGUUGGUGCAAAUAAGAAACAACGAACGGUCCACGCUAGUUCGAGGAAAGGCUGCAUGAGAGGAAAAGGUGGACCCGAUAACGCAUCUUGCACUUACAAAGGCGUUAGACAACGCACUUGGGGCAAAUGGGUCGCUGAGAUCCGUGAGCCUAACCGAGGAGCUCGUCUUUGGCUUGGUACUUUCGACACCGCCCGCGAGGCUGCCUUGGCUUAUGAUUCCGCGGCUCGUAAGCUCUAUGGGUCCGAGGCUCACCUCAACCUCCCUGAGUCCUUAAGAAGUUACCCGGAAACAGUGUUGCCUGGGACACAAGCAUCCCAUACGCCAAGCAGCAACACCGGUGGAAAAAGCAGCGACUCUAUCAACGAGGAGUCGCCUAGUUCAUCCAACGAGAUGUCAUCGUGGGGAACAACAGAGGAGAUAUCAUGGGAACAUAUGAACGCUGAUUUACCUGUGACCGAUGAUUCUUCUAUAUGGGAAGAAGCUACAAUGUCGUUGGGGUUUCCAUGGGUUCAUGAAGGAGAUGACAUUUCUCCGUUUAGUACUUGUAUUAAUGGUGGCUAUUCUAAUUGGGAUUCCUUUCAUUCGCCACUUUAAGGUUUCACUAAACUCUCUUAAUCAAAACCUUAUCAUAUACAAUAUACAUACACUAAAUAAUCAAUCUGAUAUAGGCAUAUGUGUGAAUAAUAUAUAUAAACUUCGUGUAAUUAUAUAUGUACAUAUACAUGUGGUUUGUCUGUAGUGUAAAAGCAGAUUCUUACUACAUCAAAAACAUAAAAACGACAUUUGUUUGUCUCGAAUACAGACAUGGGUCAUGGGAAAUUUAGAAGUGCAAUGUAUCUGUGUAAUGAAAACGUGAUACUACAUUGUGUAACGGUUAAGUGUUAAAGACUGCAUGUCCGUUUCAUGUGGGCUUGACUAUUGUCUUGUUUGUUGUGUUGUAUCUUUUUUGUAUUCUUGUUGGUUGUUGCUGUCUCUCUUUCCAUCUUCCCUCGGCCUUUGUAUUAAGGUAAUUAACCUUGCGUGUCCUUACUCCAUGCGGAACAACUAUGGUGUUAUCCUAGAGAGAAACUUUAAAGCUAUGAUGUUAUCUUAGAGAGAAACUUUAAAGCUAUGGUGUUAUCAUAGUUUCUCCAGUCUAUUCUACUAUUGGUGCGUCUCUCGUAAUAUAAGUAUAGAGUCCGUGCGGAACAACUAUGGUGUUAUCCCUAGUAUAAAAAAGUAUACAUAGAAAUUUUUGUUUACUGCGGUUUGUAACAUUCAGACCCAACUUCAGAUCCAUAGUAUAUUGUUUUUUUUUAAUGAAGAUGUAUAUAAAGAGAACGAGAUAUAAUAUUCCAAAAUAUAAGUUUUUGACCUUUUGUUCAUUUGGUUUAAAUCAGUUUCAAGAUUUUAAAUACUUGAAUAUUAUUAUGUCAUUUUUAGCAAAUCCCUUUCUUUACUUGAAUUCAUAUGAACCGGCCCUAAUUGAAUAUCGUCACAAUGAUCAAUAGUUGUUACCUUAAAUGCAAAUUAUAACAUUCUAUUGAUGAUAUAAAAGCCAAAAACCACAAAAAAAAAUGUAACAAAAGAGCACUAAUUAUCAGCCAGAUAUAUAAAUAUUUGAAAGUCCCUAUCCAAGCCCCCACAUAGUCUUUAUCAUCAUCUUCAUCUACACCACCAUCCUCAUGAACAAUGAUGUCUCAUCCACUCUUUUCCCCCUCUAAAAAACCUUUCUUAGGUGAUUAAUAUUA